ACCAUUUUCAACAUUUUUUACUGCGAUCCGAUCAGUAUUAGCGGUGAUUUUGUGUAAUCCAGAAUUUUCAUACUUUUCCUUGUAAUAUUUCCUUGUGUGCUAGUGAAAAUUUGAGAAAAUACAGCCAUCAGAUUGUGCCCUACGAGGUUUUUACUCCUGUAUUGAAGUAAUGACUCUGCAGAGCCGGAGAUUUUUCAUGAAAAUUUAGCCUAAGCUCAUCUUAACCCAUUUCCACUACCCACAAUGUCAAUGUUUGAAGACAAUUUUGUCCUCGUCUCGCCACCGGAGAACGAAGAUGAGCACAACAGCGAGAGCGAGACGUCGAGGGAGGAGCUGGAGAUGUGGUGCUACCGCGAUCCGGUGGGGAAAAUCCAGGGCCCCUUUCCGUCCGCCAAGAUGCUGCGCUGGAGAAACUUUUUCCAUCGCCACACCACUGUGUGGCGCUACGGAUCCGAGAAAGAGAUAUCAUUCGAGAAUUUCCUGCGAAUCCACAAACGGAAUCCGCUCUGGAUUUAUUUCGAUGAGGAGGACGAGCCUCUGAUUCAAGAGCCUGUACAGGAUCCUUCAGAGCACAGUGAUUCCGACAAUGAGAGAUAUUUCGAAGAGUAUGAAGAUGUUAUGACAUCAACUCCAAUUGAGAGGCCGAAUGGCAAUAACACGGCCACAGCAAAUGGAGAAAAGGUGAAUCAGGAAAAGGAGGCAAAUUCACAGAAAAAGUCAUCUUCGGGAAAACAAGACAAUGAAAGCAAAGAGGCCAAAGAGAUAGAAAAUGAAACCAAAGAGUUUGAUGCUCAGCAAAGAAAUGAUAUUUCUGACGAUGAUGAAUCUAGUGGAAUCAUGGAAAACACUCAAGCUGAUUCUGAUGAUUCGGAUAGUUCGCAAACGCACGAGAAGUGUUCCGGGUAUAGAGAUGUUGGUAUUGAUAUAGAAAUGAACGACAACGGUCCUGAUGUCUACAAGAAACUGGCUGCACUUCAGAAAGUGACUCCCACCAAUCCUCUGAACUACAUUCCGUACAAGAAUGACAAGAAGAAUAAUGUGGACGAGAUAUCUGGUAAGGAGAACAAGGAGCCACUCGACUCAUCUCAACUCCUGCCCGAGAUGAACUUCGGCUUGAGGAGCGGCGAGCUUUAUUGGGAUGGACGACAGUGGAUCCCUCGCCAUGUUCCGCUUCCUUACUACAUGUAUAUGCCGCCACCGCCUCGGCAGCCACUACCUUACUACAUUUCCACGCCUCCUCCGCAUAUGAUGUUUCCGCCGAUGAGGCCUAUGGGGCCGCCGCCCCAGAGUGAACCAUAUCGGGCCCUAAAUAUGCUACCGCAACAAUACUUCGGCGGUCAGGAUCUUCGCGCUCACAAUUCAUACGGCCGCCCACCCAAUUACCAUUUACCGCUACAGAGUGCCACGGGAAAUCCUUCUCCGCAGCGCUCUCAGCCAAAUAUUGUCGAAGAAAUAUACCAAGCGUAUCGAGAGAGCCAUCCGAACAAUAAGGACAACAACAUGGGGGAAUUUAGUGAGAACCCUAUUCAGACGCGUAUGAAUUUCACCACUAAAAAGCUACAGCAACUGCACACGGAGAACCAGAAGCUUAAGAUGUCUAAUGAACAGCUUAAAACCGCGAAGAAAGACAUUCCGAAAGCUGUGGAGUAUAACAAGGAUAUUUCUUUUGCAAAAAUGGUGUCAAUGAAUAAAGACGGCGGUAUGAAUGGUGGCGACAAGAGGAGCGAGAUAAAAAGUUUCUGGGAGACAGUGCCGCAGCCACCGUCAGCGAAGGCCCCCGUGAAGAAGACGAACAAAUAUCCGGUCGGGUAUGUUGGGGAGAGCACGAAGGUGAAGAAAAAGGAGGUGGCGAAGGUGCACAAGGAUGGAGUGGAGGAAUUUUCUGAGUGGUGCCUGAAUACUUUAAAUUACAUCUCGGAAAAUAAGUUGAAUAUUGAAGGAUUGCGGGUUGUGCUUAAUGAGAUGGAAACUAUAGCAUCUGUGGAGAGAUAUAUCAAAAUGUGGCUCGAUGACUUUAAUCCAAAAUUGUGGCAACUUUUCAACGAAAAGCUGAGGAAGUACAGAAAGAAGGGCAAUGACGAAUUAAGUACACCUGCCCGUGCUAAUCCUUGUGACGCGGAGAAGCAAAAACAGAAGGAGAAGUUGCAGAAAAAAGCAGAAUUCUUCGCUCAAAACAAGGAUCUAAACACUGCCAAUAUAAACAGACAUUUGACUAAGAUUCAGCAACACAGUAAGAAGUAGAAGCGAUUUUUUAUCCUAAAAUUUUUAAUCCGAUUAAUUGAUUGAAUUUAAAUGUGAAUUAUUCUUACAAAAUAUGUUGAAGUAAUUUUCUUGCUCCUUUAAUGCUUUUAAAUGCUAAAAUGAAUUUUUUGUCACUGAUGACUUAUGAAUGUUAUUUAAUAGAAAUCAUU